AUGGCCAGACGAGUAUCAUUCCUGUUGUUCAACGAGGUGGAUCAGAGUUACCAGGUUUAUAGCAACAUUUCUGACGAAGGACUUCCAAUCAAAUUUGUUGAAACAGUUACUGAACCAUCAACUGACGCAACACAAAGCGUGAAACGAAAGUCAAUAUUGAAAGAAUCAAGUAGAUCAGUUGAACGCACUGAGCCAGUGAAUCCCGAAUAUGAUACGACGAACAACGACGAUACGACGAACAACGAAAAAUACAUUCAUCCUUCCAACAAUUGUUCUACGUCAAAUAAUACAAAAGAGGCAUUGCAUUCAUUAUGCUGCUGCUGUUUAUACAGAGAAUGUAAAACCCUCGAGAACACGAGCAACAGCCAGCAGGAACGUACGACAACAAACAAAACAUCUUCAUCGAAACGUCUGUCCAACAUCAUCAACAAAAGAAGAAACAGCAUCAACCAUUCACUACUGAGAUGCUUCCAAGUUGUCACAAACGAUGGAAGUGAGGACAGCGAUGAUGGCAUUGAGGAAAUAACAUUCCCAUCUUAUGAAACUAGUUGUUCAUCGAGCUCUUCAGCUGACACCAAUGUAACAUCACUUGCGAGCUGUUCUUUUAUAAAUGCACAAUUAUUUGGAAAUAUCAAGUACAUAGACGACGAAGACAAUGAAAAUGUUCAAAGUCGUAUUGAGCCAACUUUUGAAAUCCUCUCAACAAGCAGUUAUUCAGGAGAUCAGGGCAUCGACCUCACUGGCGACACCACACCACAACAGAUCACUUCAACGUCACUCGACGCAUCCACAAGUAAUUUGAGCAACUAUUUCAGCGAUGCUUCAAACGCAUCCACACUUUCUUCAGCCACUUUACCAAGCAACAACACCUCGAACACAACUAUCAACUGCCUGAACUUGAAAGAAGGUUGUUACGAAGUUACUUGCGAUCCAUCUGGUUGUUUAGUUGAGGUCAUCUGCACGUCUCAUGAGUUGCAUUUCAAAUGUCCUUGCUGUUCAGCUGUUAAAACAAUGCAACCUGGACUCAAUUAUUACUACUUGUUGAAGCACAUCUUCGACGAAGACCAUCCUCAUAAGAUCAUGCAACAACUCAAGAACUGCAUCUGUUCAUCGGUUGAGGCUGACAAACAGGAGAACUACGAAACAACGAGAACAAAAAAUUCUCUGCCUAGAAGAGUGGCAAAAUCUCUUGUUGGUCGAUUUAGACGUUUGAAGCAACAGAAUGGUUCUGGUGCUAAGGUUUCACGGAAGCAAUGCGUUUUGUGA